GAGUAAAACGCUUUCUUUGAGGAGCAGACUCUGAAAACGAUAGCAGCUAAGUGAAUCUAUGCUCUGAUUUUGCAGUUUUCUUGUUGGUUCUGCUGGGUUUUUUCUUUCUUUUUCUUGGGAGGUGGGGAGAUCAACCAGUCAAUGCAAGCUUGUGCUCCCUGUUCAACGUUGGUCAGUCAUCAAGACGGGUGAGACAAUAGCAGGUGACCCAUGGAGGAGCGAACAGACAGUCCGGUACCAGUGAAGGUGGAGGAGAACCCUGACAGCGUCGUCCUGACGUACUUCAAGGGCGACAUUAGCAGCAUGGUGGACGCACACUUCUCAAGGGCUCUGGGCAAAGCCAACAAGGCCUACGAGUCGGGGUUAAGGUCAAAGAAAAUCCGCAAAACUGUAAAACUAGAGAGCUCAGACAACUGCCAGGGGAGCAUGUCCGCCCCUUACUUCGAGGCCCCGGUGCCCCCGUUAACGGGACACAUCCUGACCCUCAGCUCGGCGGAGGAGACGCCAGGAUCCUGGAACUCGUUCAGGUCAAGAGAAGGGCCGGCGGUGCCCACCAUCAUGUGCUCCCUGUCCCCAGACGGGCUGAGUCUCACUGGACAGCAGUACUCGACAUCCCUGCUCAACCUGCUGCACGGCGACCGGGGCGAGAUGGGAGCCGCCAUCGCCUCCAGCUCCAAGCCGGACCCGCUUCCAGGCUGGGCGGUGCCUGCGGGGUACAGGGAGUCUGUGGACCCUCCAAUAGGCUUCGAACCUGGGCGACAUGGGGAUAAAAAGGACUUGUACUGGUACUGAGGUGAAACACGGAGUGCAGAAGGAACAGAGGAGCGCUUUAGCCACCGCAGCGUCUUUCUGUUGGUUUCAGCAGAGCAGCAUUUUGAUUUCCUGACGAUGUUCUCUCUCUAUUGUUUGCUGAGAUGACCUCAGCACCUGAGCGCGCACUGGGACAGCCUCUGCUGAAGGAAGCUCUCGGUGGCAAACCAGUUCCUCAGCUUUUGGCAUUCCUUUUUUAAGUAUCAGAGCUGUGUCUCUGUUUUCACAUGUCUAGAGGUGAAGCUGGAUGAUGUGCACUGUCUUUGUGGGUUUUACUUCAGUCAACAGGCCGGUGUUGAGUCUGAAAACUGUGAGCCUCUUAGAUGUGUAAAAAUUAAUGCAGCUACAACCUGAUCGACCUUUAGUUCACCUCGGUGAGUUUAUGGAAGAUACUCAGACAGGGAGGGGAAGCUUUGCUUGGUCAUUAGCAAUAAUCAGAGGCAGCCACCACUGCUUACAAAGAAAUAAUAAAAGAAUGAUGCCUUUUAAUUAAACAAUGUGUUUCUGACCCUGUUGGUGGAUUUGAGCCCACAGUCUUUAUGAAGAAAUGUACAGGAUACCUAAUAAUCAGUAGAUAGAUGCUCUGAAGUGUUGGUUUCUUUGCAGGGUUUUUUUUAAAUGUAUAUUUUAAUUUCUCUUUAUUUGGAUGAAAAGGUAAUAACUGAACUUUGUCUGCUCCUGUUAGAUGUUUAGCUUUAUAACUCCAGAUGUGUGUGAAUAAAUUGUUUUUUUUUUUUUUUUUUUUUGAGGAAAUUUAUAGUUAAAUUUGAUAUCUUAACACACUAUAAAAAUACACAACACCUUUAUUUAUGUUUGACAGCAAAUCAGAAUGAACCUUUCAGCACAGAGUAUAAAAUUAUCUAUGUUUCCAAAAUGUACAGUACUGACCAGAGGAUAAAUGUCCAAAAGUUUAAGUUUGACUCCAUCUGUAAUCUAUAAUCUGGGGAUUUUAUGUUGCUUUAGGAUUACUGACUUCUUCCUCUCUGAGUGGCUUGUCAUUGCAGAAACUGUUUAUGUGCAAAUUUUACAGCAAAACACAAAUUUAAAAUAAGCUGAAUUUAAAAUUGCCAUAAUUUAUGUAAUUAACUGAUCAUUGUCAACUGAGGUUUUCUCAGAUUAUUGAGAAAAUCAGUAAAAUCUAAUUGCACGAAAACACCUGAAUUGAAGAAAGUAAUUAAAAAGAAUUAAUCUUUUAUUAUUCUGUCAUUUAAUGACUAUUAAAAUCGUACAUAAUCCUAAAUGACAUAAAGCAGGACGAGUUUGGACAGAUUUAAUGUCAGAUGGUGUUUUUAUGUAUUAUAUCUAAAUAUCUGGUUUUAACUAUAUGAAGAAACUAGUUUAUUUGUUACCUUUUUCUUCAAAUCAGUUUAUAGUCAGCUAUAGUUAAUAAGAUAGUUAACCUACUACCUUUCAUUUAACAUAUUGUUGAUAAAACUCGUAUUCUUCCUUUUUGAGUCUGUAUGGUUGAGCUCUGCCAGCUUCACCUAUUAAACAUGUUGGGCAUUAAAAGUUUUGAUUGUUUUUUAAUAACUAAAAAUUUGUUGCAAAAAGUAGUUAGAAAGAAAAAUACAUUUUGGGUAUUCUACAUGCAAAUGCAAUGUUUUUGUUGUUGUUUGUUUUAAUAUACGAAAAUUAUAAAGAAUUAAAAACCUAUGAAUAAAUAUGUCUACUUUUUUUA